GGGCAGAGGGGAAAAGUAACGUCGAUCUCGUUGGCACGCUCUGAAAUGUUCCUUGAAGUCGUAUUUACAAUCAGAAUCGAAACACAUGAGACUGAGAGUUGGCUGCGCGCGUUAGCGCGCUGUAGAUCGCGAAACUCAUGGCUCGCGCGAGUAUGAGCUCCAUAUCGGAGAUAACAAAGAAGGAGGAAACUAAUAAGAACAGCAAAUUAAAAGAUAAUGUCGGUGAAGUUUAUUCGUUAAUGGAAAAUCAUUCCUUGAGGAUUCCCGCUUUAGCAAAACCACCGGACGGAGGAUGGGGCUGGUUUGUCGUCCUCGCAUCUUUUCUCAUACACGUUAUCACCGAUGGAGUGACCUAUUCUUUCGGUGUAUUUUAUUUGGAACUUCUUUAUUACUUCGAGGAGGGAAAAGGUGCUACUGCCUGGAUUGCUUCGAUACUCGUCGGGGUAACUUUGUGUUCAGGUCCGAUAUCUGGAUCUUUUGUGAACAAAUAUGGCUGUCGAGCGGUUACUAUAGCUGGCUCGAUUUUCGCUAGUGCUUGUCUAUUAGCCAGUGUCUGGGCAAGUAGUAUCAUUAUGUUAUACUUUACCAUUGGCUUUGGAACAGGUUUGGGCUUCGGAUUAAUAUAUUUACCAGCCAUAGUAAGCGUUACUUGUUACUUCGAAAAGUAUCGUUCUUUAGCAACAGGUAUAGCGGUUUGUGGUUCAGGUUUAGGAACUCUUAUUUUUGCUCCUUGUUUGGAAUCUCUUAUAUCAAAUUAUGGAUGGAGAGGAGCUAUGAUGAUAUGUUCCGGUAUUGUUUUGAAUUGUAUUAUACUUGGAGCAUUUUUCAGACCACUUGAAACUUCAAUACUUAAAACGAAUCAUAAUUCAAAGGGCAUAUCUGAAAAACUACAAAGUAUAAAUAAAUCUUCUACGUUUACUAAACGACAAGAACGUUCGGAUGAAGUAAUCAAUCCGGAAAACAAUAUAAAAUUCAAUGUAGUUAACUUUGAAAAGAAAGUUAUGCCAAGUAGUAUGAGGACUACUUUAAGUCAGCCUAUAUUAAUUACUAAAGUCAGCAGUCAACAUAAACAAUCGCUUAUAAGAACAUUUGGAAGUAGUGAAGAAACUAAGUGCCAUAAUGGAUUACAUCACGGCAGUCUGGAGAACAUUCGUAAUUAUUUUAAAUCUUUGAUUGUUGAUAAUAAAGAGGACAUUAUUCCUCUAGAUACAUACUCUAAAAAUAUAUCAAACAUAGUUGAAAUUAAAAGGACUGAAAAUAAUAUGGCGUUACCCUCUAAAUCUGAAAAAAAAAUCAAUGUACUUCAAGAGAUUAUGGACACUUCUCUAUUAAAGAAUCCUUUGUUCAUUAUUUUUACUCUUUCCAAUUUUUGUACCAGUAUUGGAUUUAAUGUGCCUUAUGUAUAUCUACUGCCACAAGCAGAAGAACGAGGAAUAAAUAAAAGUUUAGCUAGUUAUUUACUUGCAAUUAUUGGAGUAGCCAAUACUUUAGGUCGUAUUAUUUUGGGAUAUAUAUCUGAUAAGCCAUGGAUCAAUCGACUCCUUGUGUACAAUAUUUGUCUCACGGUCUGUGGAAUAGCUACAAUAUUGAGCACUUUUUGUACCAAUUUUACUGCUUUUGCAUUUUAUUGUAUUAUUUAUGGUUUUACUGCUGGAGCAUAUGUAGGCCUUACUUCCGUUAUUCUAGUAGAUUUAUUAGGCUUAAAUCGUCUUACGAAUGCUUUUGGACUGUUAUUACUUUUCCAAGGCUUUGCAUCUCUUCUUGGACCACCUAUAGCAGGUUGGUUAUACGAUGGACUUGCUUCAUACGAUCCUGGUUUUUAUACUGCAGGCAGUAUGAUCGCUAUUAGUGGUUUGAUGUUAUUUUUUAUUCCUGUACUUCAACAAAAAGAAAAUGCAAAAGAACCUAAUAGAUUAAGUAUUAUGAAUUCUCAAUCAGCAUAGACUGAAUAAAACAAUUACGCGUAUCCUUAUACAAAAACUUCUGAUAAUAAUAAUAAAACGAUAAUAAAAAAUAUGUAAAUUUUAUAAAUACUAAUUUCUAACGCCUAAAAUAAAACAAUACUAUUUUACUAAA